AUGUUAACAAUCCAGGUGGCUGCCGACAUAUUUCAUAAGAAGGUAAAUUUUGAAUUAAAUUUAUCUGAUCAUCUAUCCCUUCAAGAGCUUACAAAAAUUACAGAAAAUGCUUUCUCUCUUGAGAUCUCGAAUAAGCGUCCGGAUAACGUCCCUCCGCACACGUUCAAUCUCUCCAAGUUAAAAAUUUACGACGAAGAUGCCAACAAGUGGGUGGAUCUCCUUAGUGAUGCCCAACUUAUCGAUUACUGUCAGCUCUAUGCCUUUCAGACUGAAAAUCAAUGGCAUAAAGAAACCUUAAAGCCAAUUCCGCCCGCCGUAAAGCCACCCACACCUUCCAUCUCACAAGGCCUUGGGGUGAACAACAGCUCCCUCGUGUCGGUCGACAGUCGGGGCGUGUCGGCCUUCAGCUAUGGCGCACUCGCGCCUUACACAGGCGGGCGCUCCGAGACUUCAUCCAUGCGUCGAGGCAUGAACUUUUCAACCUCCACAGCGUUAGUUACCAGGGUCAAUGAGGAUGCUUCUCAAGAUGAAAAGCUGCGUUUGAUUUUUGGCGAGUUCGAUGUGAACAAAAAGCGCUCAUUGGAUAUCGAGGACUUCACUAAAGGAUUCCCCAAAUUGGGGUUGGAUUUCUCUAUUGCAACAGUGGAAGAGCUUUUUCAACGCGCAGACCAUAACAAUGAUAAUCGUAUUUCAUAUUCUGAGUUUGAGCGUUUUGCUCGUCUAUACCCGAUAAUGAUGGAUUGCCUUUUCUAUCGCUACAAAUCCACCUGGGAAGAAGCGCGCAUGCAAAAGGAUAUUGAAAACGAAAGGAAUGCGGUUGAAAAGGCGGAGUCGGUCCUUGAUCAGGCGAUGCAUGCACUAGAAAAGUCUGAGAACGAUGUGGUGAAUGCCGAGGAGGCCGUCCGCAUCUCCGAGGCCGAGUUGCGCGAACGCAGCGACCGCAUGCAAGACCUCGCAAGGGACAUGGAGUCCGCUCGACGUGAGAAAGAGGCAAGGAUUAGGGAGAAGAAGGAGCGUGAGAGAGACCUAGCUUCUGUGAAGGAGCGUGAAAAAGUGUUGCGCAGGGUCUUGCAAGAACGUGUCCGUGAGUCCGAUAAAUUAGAAAAUCACGCAAUUCAAUUGUCUAACGAAGCUGCAGCCUCGGACGAAAAAGUGCGGCAGUUGCAAAAAGCAUUAGAGGAGGCGAAGCGGGCGUCCGAACGCGCGCACCGAUCCGCCGACCAAGCUUCACAAGAAGCCGAAGCGGCCCGAGAGGCAUUAAAGAGCUCUGAGAUGGAGUCUGAUGCUGUGGUACGCGAAAUACCUAUGGCGGAAGAAGCGGUUCAUUUUGUGGAACGUGCCGUGUUGGCUGUUGAGCAGGAUCUAAAGACCCUCGAUAACGUCGGUAAGGAUAUCGGUCGCGAAGCUGAGGAGGUGGCGCGUCAUCGUGAUGCGAACGUGCGAGCCGUCACGGAUGCAAAAGAGAAGGUUUCUCAAAGGAGCCGUGAGAUGGAUUUAGCUCGACAAAAUCUUGUGGACCGGGAAAAAUUGGUUAAACAAAAAGAGUUAGACCUAAACGAGUAUCAGCAUCAGCGAAACUCUGCUACUCAGCAUGAGCGCACUCUUAUUGAGCAAGAGUUGCGCCUUCGUGCGCAACGGGACACAUUAGAACAACGAGAGAGCAAGCUAAUGUCUGAAGCGUACAGCUUUUUGGGCAACAUAUGCACUAAUGUGUCAUCAGGAAAAACGUUUUCUAGAGAUGUAUCCACGUUUUGA